UGCCUGAAUGAAAAGAGAAGUGCGACGCCUGCGCCAGGGAAGCAGAUCUGCGACGACAAAUUUCGACGGCAACCUUCUGUUUUCUCUUCUACUUAUUUAAAUCUACGAGUCCUUAUAUAGGGGUGUGGCCACGGGUGUGUUGACGCCAAAGUCUCUGAAGUCACGAAGCUGCAGCAGGACUGAAGCUCCGCUGAUCUCCAUGUGUUGCAGUAUGGACUCCCGCAAAGUGACAGAGUUGAAGGGCUUCGUGCAAUUGUGCGAGUCCAAUCCCGCCAUCCUGCACCUUCCCGAGAUGGGCUUCUUCCGCACCUGGUUGCACAGCAUGGGAGCAAAGAUCCCUUCCCCGUCUCCCCCCAAGGAGUCAUGCCAGGGUGGGUGUCCCUGUGGUCCUCCCCCGAGAUCUUCAGCUCCCCCACCUCAGCCUGAGGCUCCUGUACCAUCUGAGAGUGACGAGAGUGAAUUAGAAAAAGACCUUGAGGGUGUCAUUGAGCCAGACACUGAUGAGCCACAAGAAAUGGGAGAGUUUGAAAAUGUUGAGGUGUCAGAGGAGAUGAUGGAUUUGGCCAACGACAAGAAGAUAGAAGCCAUUAAUGCUCUGGGAGACGGAAAUCUGCAAAAAGCUCUGGAUCUUUUCACUGAAGCCAUCAAGAUGAAUCCCUGCGUGGCCAUCAUGUACGCUAAGAGAGCAAGCGUUUACGUUCAGAUGCAGAAACCCAACGCAGCCAUCAGAGACUGCGACAGAGCCAUCAAGAUUAACCCGGACUCGGCGCAGCCUUACAAGUGGAGGGGUAAAGCUCACAGGCUGCUGGGACACUGGGAGGAGGCGUCCCGGGAUCUAGCUACAGCCUGCAAACUGGAUUAUGAUGAGGAUGCCAGUGCACUGCUGAAGGAGGUGCAGCCCAAGGCCAACAGAAUCAUCGAGCACAGGCGCAAAUAUGAACGCAAGAGGGAGGAGAAGGAGAUCCGGGAGAAGCAGGAGCGUGUCAAGAAGGCCAGGGAGGAGCACGCCCGCGCUCAGAAGGAAGAAGAGUCCCGAGGAGGAGGAGGAGGAUUCUUCCCAGGUGCAGGUGGUGGUGGUGGUGGCUUCCCAGGUGGUGCAGGCUUCCCAGGUGGUGCAGGCUUCCCAGGUGGUGCAGGUUUCCCAGGUGGAGCUGCUGGCAUGCCGGGUCUGAAUGACUUGCUGCAGGAUCCUGAGCUUCUCAGCGCCAUGCAGGACCCGGAGGUGAUGGUGGCCUUCCAGGACGUGGCCCAGAACCCGGCCAACAUGGCCAAGUACCAGAACAACCCCAAGAUCAUGGCGCUCAUCACCAAGCUCAACUCCAAGUUUGGAGGAGCUGCACCUCAGACCUAGACCAAAGAUGUGGGGGGAAAUACUCUUCUUCUCUUGUUAAUUAAACAUUGGGAGGAGGAAAUACUCUUCUUCUCUUGUUAAUUAAACAUUGGGAGGAGGAAAUACUCUUCUUCUCUUGUUAAUUAAACAUUGGGAGGAGGAAAUACUCUUCUUCUCUUGUUAAUUAAACAUUGGGAGGAGGAAAUACUCUUCUUCUCUUGUUAAUUAAACAUUGGGAGGAGGAAAUACUCUUCUUCUCUUGUUAAUUAAACAUUGGGAGGAGGAAAUACUCUUCUUCUCUUGUUAAUUAAACAUUGGGAGGAGGAAAUACUCUUCUUCUCUUGUUAAACAUUGUUGGAUCUUCAUAAAGUUGCUUUCACAAA